AUGGGUGUCACCUCUCGCCCUCUGCUAUUGGUUUGCGCGUAUUUGGCGGCCGCGCUGAUUGGCGGCGCCCGCUCGGAGGGCGUGUGUCUCCAAGACGGCAAGCACAAGGCCGCGCCAGGCCCGGAGCCGCACCUGAGCGAGUGCGGGCUGUACGCGGACAAUAGCUGCUGCACUGAAGAAGACAUCAAGGAUAUCUCCCAUGUGCCCUCUGAUGUCAAUAAGAACGAGCCAUGGGACAAGUGUGGGCCCCUGAGCUCUGAGUGUGAGGGCUUCCUGAAGCGCGUGUCGUGUUUUUACCGCUGCUCCCCCGAUGCCGCGCGUUGGCCUCACCCCCACCGCCGCUCCUACAUCCAGGCCGUGCCGCUCUGCCACAGCUUGUGCCGUGAUUGGUUUGAUGCCUGCAGGAUGGACAUGACGUGUGCUCGUAACUGGGCCAAAGACCCCAGGGGACAGAACUGCACAGGAACAUGUGUUCAGUAUCAGCAGAUGUAUCAGCACGGCAGGGACCUCUGCGAGAGCCUGUGGGGGGACGCCUUCAUGAGCGUGGAGGAUGAGCCGGAGGACGCGGGAGAGGUCGUCGAGGUCGGAGCGGAGGGCGCCGGCGGGCGCCCCUGCGGCUGCCUGACCCUCAGUCCCUCGGACAAAGACGUGAUGGCUGCGCUCAGGGCCCAGCAGGACGACCCGGAGGAGCUGGACACCACCAAGGCCGGCCUGCCCCAGUACCGCGCCCCGUGCCAGACCAAGCUGCCCCCGCAGGCCAGGAGUGGCCGGAAGGGCAACACUGUGCUGCGCAAGCGCUCUGUGGUGGUGGACGACGUGGAGGGUAGCGGGAGCGGCUUGUAG